AUGAGCCGACUGUCUGCCAGCAUCUCCCAACCAUGUCUGUCGUCGAUCAGUCUCAACACUGAUGGUCCUACACAGAUCUUCCCGUUCAUGUAUCUGGGCAGUCAACAGGACGCGCUUGAUGAGGAGAAAAUGAAGAAGUACGGUAUCACGCAUGUUGUGAACUUGUCGAUCUCUUGUCCACGGCCGAAGAUAAUUGAAAAUGACAAGAAUUUCUUCCGAAUACCGGUGAAUGAUUCGUACCAAGAGAAGCUGUCACAGUACUUUGAUGAAGCAUGGACGUUUCUAGAAAAGGUACGAACGGAAGGGAAAGUGGUGCUGAUUCACUGCCUUGCUGGAAUAUCAAGGAGUCCGACAUUGGCCAUCUCAUACGUGAUGCGGUACAAGAAUAUGUCAUCUGAAGAAGCUUACAGACUAGUCAAGGAGAAGCGACCGUCGAUCUCGCCCAACUUCAACUUCAUGGGACAACUGCUUGAAUACGAGCAGUUAUUGAUCAAGAAAGGCCUCUUAUCAACAGAGGCCUCAUCGAAGCUCAUUGAUCGACCUCUUUCGUUCAAGCAGGCUUUCAGUGCUGAGGAUUCUGACGUGCCGUUAUGUCCAGCGACAAAAGUACCGAAGUCGGCAUCUGCACACUGCGUGUUCUUCGAACGCCCGCGCGAUAUUGGUGUGCCUGUGGCACGAGUGAACGAGAAUGGAAAACGCGGCCUUAGUGAUCCGCUUGAUCGCCCGAAAGUGCUCGGUCUGUACAAUGCGGAAUCGAAACGACCAGCGGCCGAAGAGCUACCGUCACCGUCUACUGAACUCUCAAAGCUUACGUUCGCCGGCCUUCCUUCGCCAUCAUCACCUUCCGUUGGAGAAGCUCGGAGUCUGUCCCUGUCGAACCCAUGCUUUGUCUCGCCAACACGAGAGACGCUUCAACCCGAGCCGGUUGCUCAUAAAGAGGAAUGCGAGACGAGUCGGCGCAGUUAUUUCAAGCAUCGCUUCGCAUCGCUGUUCAAGUCUCAUCAAAAUCCGACGUGUUGUGCACAAUCGCCUCAGCUGAGCACUAGCCGUCCAGAGAAUCUCCAGUCAUCUGGCAUUCCAUUCUUCGGUAUCAGCAGAAAAGUCGCGAAGACCAGUCCGCUGUUGACCACAGCUGAAGAAGCAGAAUCGCCUGAAUCUGGCUAUCAGGAUGACGAGUAUAAGACAUCUCCGGAAGAUCUUGAUCGUGUGUCGAUCAGCUCGGCAGGUAGUGAGAUUACAGUUCAGUAA